UCAACCAUAUACAGUUAGUACAGUACACAGCAAAACGAGACAACGUUCCUCCAGGACCAUGGUGCUACAUAAAAACAACAAAGGACCAACAUAGGACCACAUGAGACUACACAACGAAAUAAAAUACCUAUAUAAACUACCUAUAUAUACCUAUAUAAAGUGCACGUGCAAACAUGUGCAAAAAGUACAGGACAGUACAACAAAUUACUGACAAUGAACAGGACAAUAGACAGUGCAGCGCCGACCAGUACUCAGUAGUGCAAAAAGAUUACAGUUUCUAAAAAUGUAAACAUAACAUACUAUGAGAUAAUGUUCUAUGCACAUAGCAGUUUUUGAGGUAGCAGACAGCUAUAAAGUGACAGUAAUUAAAGUGCAACUCAGGACACGUGUGUGUGUGUGUCAAACCAGUCUCUGAGUACUGAGAAGUCUGAUGGCUUGGGGGAAGAAGCUGUUACACAGUCUGGCCGUGAGGGCCCGAAUGCUUCGGUACCUCUUGCCAGACGGGAGGAGGGUAAAGAGUUUGUGUGAGGGGUGUGUGGGGUCGUCCACAAUGCUGGUUGCUUUGCGGAUACAGUGUUUUUUGUAAAUGUCUUUGAUGGAGGGAAGAGAGACGCCAAUGAUCUUCUCAGCUGUCCUCACUAUCCUCUGCAGGGCUUUGUGGUCCGAAACGGUGCAAGUCCCAAACCAGGCAGUGAUGCAGCUGCUCAGGAUGCUCUCAAUAGUCCCUCUAUAGAAUGUAGUGAGGAUGGGGGUUGGGAGAUGUGCUUUCCUCAGCCUCGAAGAAAGUAGAGACGCUGCUGGGCUUUCUUGGUGAUAGAGCUGGUGUUGAGGGACCAGGUGAGGUUCUCCGCCAAGUGAACACCAAGAAAUUUGGUGCUCUUGACGAUCUCCACAGAGGAGCCGUCGAUGUUCAGCGGAGUGUGUUCACCUUGUGCUCUCCUAAAGUCAACAACCAUCUCUUUGUUAUAAAUAAAUGUAAAUAAAAUAUACAUUUUAACCUAAAAUGUUUGUUGGUUAUACAGUGUAUACUGUAUAUGGAAGUUAUUUGCCCACUAACCAUUUGCAUUUGAUGGUAUCAUUAUGAUUAUUUUGUUUUCUUUUUGUCCUCUUGUGACUCUCCGAUCAUCUGUCAGGUGUCAACAGUGGUCAAUGCAGUUUAGUUAUUGCACUUAGCUUGCUGAGCUUCAGCCACUCGAAUUUUCCUCUUUAUCUUCUCAAUGACUUCUCAUCAGCAUGAAAUUGCUACUUAUUCUAACUGACCCAUUGUCUCUUUGUUUGAAGAGGUAGCAAAAUAAAUGUGCACACUAUGCUAAAAGUGGAAAAGUGGUUCUGUCUCAGUCAGUAUGACAGAUUCGAUUACUAUGCCCACUCUGUCCAAGUGAGCUGCCUACCUAGGCAACACUUUUAGGCACCGUAGCUGUGCUCCCAAUUCAUUGGCUGUUCCAAACAGUAGGCAUCAGAAUUAGCUGCUUUAGAAGCAGCUGCCUAAAUGUAGAUAAUAUAAAGCGAGGUAGAUUACUAGUUUUUGGAACAGAGUUUAUUAUAUUUUAAAUAGGCAGCAUCAUCAUUUUUUUAAACAUGAGCAACACCAACCCUAUUCCAUGCUUGUUUUUGUUCUUGUAGCUGAUGUCUCACCAGUGUACUUUGAUGUACAUUAGUGAGGAGAUGAGAGGUGGUCCUACUGCUAGCUGGUGUUUUUCUUUAAUUGUUUAGCGGCAACGGCCGCACGGAUUUUCUUUAACAAAAUUCGGUCUACCCUGAAUUAAGUAGGAAAUGCAAUGCAGAUACAUUACGAAGUUUUCUCUUUAGUAAUGUAAUAUUGCAUUAUGUGGUUGCUUUUGUUUGUUAAAUCAUAAUAUUGCAAUAUGGUUCGUUUGAACAAUCUGCCAUUCAUGCACAGUUGACUUCCACGAACUGCAACCAUAAUAUCAACCAGUUAUCCUGCUACAGACACUGCCAGCCAUAUCACAGAUCAAAAUAAAAACAUAUUCCGUGCUUUAUUUAUAAUUGUAGCGCAGAAAACGAUCACAAACGGAAUUCGUUUAUUAUUAUUUUUCGAUUAAUUAAGUUUCAGCGACCAAAAUGCCCGUUUUAUUACAAUCUGCGGAAAUGCAGCGGACGUCAGCUUUCAAGUUAUCCUGUGUAGCAUUGGUGAUGUUUGUGGCCUGCCCAGUCUCUUCCAUGGACGUGCUGGUGCCACCACAGAUCAACGCUCUCAAUGGCACUGAGGUCAGAAUCCCCUGUGUGUUCACCUCAUGCUACAAACUAGAUCCCAGCAAGUUUGCCAUGAACUGGACCUAUCAGGAGACAAGCAAUAGCACACAUGAGAUGUUUAUGACCUAUAAGAACAGGAUAACACCCCUGAAGUCAAACCGAUUUGGAGACCGGGUUGUGUUUUCUGGGAAACUGGAGAAGAACGAUCUGUCCAUCACUCUCUUGGAUGUUCAGUCGACCGAUGAGGGCAUCUACAACUGCUAUGUGCGCAACCCUCCAGACCGCAUUCAGGGACAAGGCAUCAUCCAGUUGUUCGUCCUGACUGAAUUACCUCCACCAAGAGACUCGACCAUAGCUGUGGCCAUUGGGGCAUCUGUGGGGGGCAUUCUUGCUCUGCUGAUUCUGUCUAUGGUGGUGGUGAAGUGUAUUCGCAGACACAAGAACCAGGAGCUGAUCUCAGAUGAGCAGAAGAUGGAGGAAGAAGGCAAAGCAGAUGGAGAAGGAGGCACAGAAGAAGCGACAAAACAACUCUAACCUGAUUGCUUUGUCUUGGAGGACUAGUGGUUGGUGGAGCCCCUUCUUUCAAUGUCAGAAAUGUAUGAAUCUCCUGCCUGAAGAUAUGUACAAGUUGUUUGACGCUUCGUCCUGUAAAUGUCUCAUUCAACAUUCCUAAAGGCUCAAUUAUUUUGUGUAGCCAUCAAAAAUGUAAUUUUUGGAGGACCCCUGCCACAGUGCCAUGAUGUCCUGUCAUUGAUGACAAAUAACAAAGGGUUACUCAAUAUAUCAGGUUAAUGUGGUAAUUACAGUAGCAUACUGACCUUUUAUUGGGUCCACACCUUUUUUCUUACUCACUAAAUGUAUUUUUUCUCCAACUACUGCCAAUGGAUUAGCCAUCCAGUAUUUCUGCUGAAAAUUUUCUAAAGGAAUAAUUUUUAAGUGUUAUUAAAAUUGAAGAAGCACACAAAGUUCUCCUUACAACUGCCAAAGUGUUUUUAACCAACUGCUGUUUAUAAUUUUUGACAGAUUUUUGGAAAUCACUGCCCUUAACUUCCUCUCAAGUGUGUUUGUAUGUAUGUGUGUGUGCCUUUUCAUUGUGCCAGUUUGCUCCUAUUGCGACUUAAUAUUUAUGCUGUUAAGAUCAACUUGGUAAAAUGGAAAACGAUUUAGCAGUGAUACCUUGUGCCUACCAAAAUGGUAGGAACACAUUCAUCAUUGUUCAAAAUCUAUAAUUUGCGUAACACACCUCCAAAACAUGUACAAUCAUUGCAUACUAAUUUUCUUACAUAUGGCACACAUAAAGUGCAGAAAACAAUCCAUCAGUUUGCACAAACAUCAAAAAAAUCUUGCUUUCACACAAAAAUGUGGUCAUUUCAGGUGCAACACAGCAAGUACAGUAAUUGCUGGUGAAUAUUUGUAUUUGUUGAUAAAAACCCCAAAAACCUAAACAGAAAAUAAAUUGCUAGUAUUAUUAAUUGUGCUACAUAUGUAUGUUGUGGUAUUUUAUGUGGGAGAUAGUAAUUUAUUCUUUUCUUGAUCUUCUUGAACGUAUUAGUUGUGAACUUAAUUUUAUUUCAUUUAAAAUUGCACUUCAUAUUUAAUCUGAUAAUACAAUCUAAAAAUGUAUCUUAUAAUCCUUUCUGAAACAGGCAAAAAAUAACCCAAAACACUUAAAUAAUAGGCUUGUGCAAAUAACAGAUAAUGCAAAGAAUAAGCAAAUGUUUAAACAGGUAUAUGUUAAGUAUAUGUUAAACUGCUGAUUAAAAGAUAUUAAAAAUAUAGAAGAUAAUAAGCAUAUAAAAAAAAGAAAAAUAAAGCACAAGUUAUGGAAACUUGUAUGCACACUGUCAAACUCAGUCUAAAAAUGUUGAGAGAGUUAUCUCCAGAUCUUAAAAAUCUGCUGUUUUCAUUUUGAAUUUGAUAAUAAUCUGUUUGUGAACGAACAAAGAUUAUAAACUCAGAUUUGUUACAAACUAAAGUUUUCGUGUGUCAGGGGUUGUUGCAUUUUAAAUGUGUCCCAUAACAGUUCCCUAACUGUCACUCACUAGAUGUAGUGACACUAGGGGGUCGAACACCUCUGAUAUUUGAGAAAAGGCCAAUGACAAUUGGCGAGUGGAAUUUGCAUGCCACUUCUCCGGACAUUCAGGUAUAAAAGCUUGCAUCUACUCAUUCAGAUUUGUUCUUCGGAGCCGAUCAGUGUUAAAAGCUAAUCCACGGGUAUUCCAUUAACCUCUACGAGUGUUUAAAAGGCUGUUGGAUAUACAACAUAUUUGCAGUGGGUUCUCCCUUCUUGCACAGAUAAGUGCAGUGAGUGCCCCUGGGCUCUUCAGCGUGCUCAGUCGGUGAUGAAUUGCCUGAAGUCAUUCAGGGGAAGAACAGCGAUCCCACUGAAACAAUUUCAGAGGCUCCUGGGGCAUAUUGCAUCCUCAGCAGCAGUUACGCCACUAGGGUUGAUGCAUAUGAGACCGCUUCAGACUGGAGUCCUGAGAUGGGCAUGGUGGCGUCGUACGUAUCGCGUGGCUGUCACGCCGAUCUGUCGCCACACAUUCAGCCCUUGGAUGAACCUUGCAUUUCUAAGGGCAGGUUCCCCUAGAAAAAGUGUCCAGGCAUGUCGUUGUCACAACAGAUGUGUUCAAGUCAGGCUGGGGCACCGUUUGCAUCGGGGACGCAGCCUCGGGCUCCUGGACAGGAUCUCGACUGCGUUGGCAUAUGAACUGCCUCGAGUUGCUGCCGGUAUUGCUGGCUUUGCUGAGGUUUCGACCAUUGAUCAAGGGCAAGCACUUGUUAGUCCGGAUGGACAACAUUGCGACGGUAGCAUAUAUAAAUCGCCAUGGUGGUAUACGCUCCCGCCACGUGUCGCAACUCGCCUGUCAUCUCCUCCUUUGGAGAUAGCAGCAACUGAAGUCAUUGCGGGCCACUCACAUCCCAGGCAAACUCAAUUGCGCAGCGGACGUACCUUUUUGCUUCCCAGGAAUCCUCCCACUGACCACUAUGGUACUCCCUGACCAAGGAAUGAGCAAAUAUGCAUUUCCUCCAGUGAGCCUUCUUGCACAGACUCUUGUUGAGAAGUUUACGAUGGGGCUGUGUGCACUUGUUACUAGGCACGUGGUAGCCUGCCUGCAUCUGCACCACCGAUCAGUUAGUUGUGGCAUUUUUUAUAGGGACCACUUCGACACAACGUCAAGUGAGUGACAGAUAGGGAACAUCUUGGUUACUGUUGUAACCUCCGUUCCCUGAUGGAGGGAACAAGACGUUGUGUCCCUCCUGCCACAACACUGAAGUACCCACUGAAAUGGCCAGGACUCUGUCUCGGCUCCUCAACACAAACCUGAAUGAGUGGAUGUAAACUGUCUCCUUUUAUACCGGUAUGUCUGGGGGAGUGGCAUGCACAUUCCACUCACCAAAUCUCAUUGGCCUUUUCUGAAAUAUCAGAGGUGAUUGGGGCUCCCAAGUUCGACCCGCUAGUGUCACUACAUUGACACAAUGUCUCGUUCCCUCCAUCAGGGAAUGGAGGUUACACCAGUAACCAAGACGUUUUCUUGUGCUGGCAUUAAAACUCAUUGUCACUCUAUACAGUAAUGUUCUAUUUGUUAACAUUAGUAAAUGCAUUAGGUAACAUGAACUAACAAGGAACAUUGUUAAAUGUAAUUUACACUAACCAAGGGCUGGGUUUCCUGAUAACAUUGCAACUUUAGAUUUUACAAUCAUCUUAAUGAACGUCACUCAUUAUUUUGAUUGAGUAACACCUGUUUCCCAAACCAGCACGUAGAUUGCUUGUUAUAAAGAACUUAAUUGCUUCGUUAUGGGAGCUGUCUGGUAUAAAGGUGCUGAUCACUUUGGCACAUAUGUCCAGAGGUUGUCUUCUCAACAUGAAAAUAAUGUGGAAAUACUCACAAACAUGGAAGUUGUUUGUAACCUUGUCGAAGCGACGACAUUUAUGAACCAUUACAGAAUUGAAUUAUAGAAAUAAUGAGUUUCAAAUGUAUUGAUGCUCAAUAAUAGAGAUUAAUGAAAGUGAUUCAAUAAAUGUAACGUGAAUGUACGCAAUGUGAAUCAUAAGCGACUCUCAUGUAGCCUAAAGUUUUUUGGCUGGAAACUGAACAAAUGUACAAAGAACAGGAUUAAAAUGACUGGCAUCAGUGUUGACUUACUCAUAGACCUACAGUACAGUAUCUAAAUAUAAGGGCUGUCGAUUUAACACGUUAAUUCUGUGCGAUUAAUUUUAUAAAAAAUAAUGUGUUAAAAAAUAAACGCAAUUAAUCGCAAUGAAAUCCUUAUUACGGUCCGGGGGGACAGUAAUAAGGAAGAUUCCUAAGAAAUGCAAGCUUGUAGUACCACCUCUUCACUCCUGAGGGCAGUAAUUGAAAUUUCAGCUGUGUGGCAACGCGCAGUUUAUACAGUGAAGAAAAACCAUAACCUGCGUUCAAAACAUUUGAUAGAUCGCAAAUUUGAUCUAAGGGAUCUCAAGAUGUGUUCUAAGUAUUAAACUAUAUUUAACUUGACAUAGUGACCUAAAAAUUGUAUGUUGAUGACGCAACGCAACCAAGACGCUACACAAGCAUUUCUGACGCAGGUGUACAUUGACGGGUUCUUAAACAAGCCCUCAUAAUAAUUCUCGAACUGAUUGACAAAUUCACUUGUGAAAUGGAUUGCUGUGAACUGUAUUCCAGUGAUUGACUUAUGAUCAAUAAUAUGGUAGUAAACAAUACAUUGUGUUCUAAAGCUGUCUUAUCAAUGAUUAACUCUUC